GCCUGUUUCCGUGCUGUAUUUCUAAACUAAAAAAAACAAUCCUAGUAGAUCCUUAUAGACCUUUCUAGAUCCUUAAAAGGUCCUUAAAAAUCCUCUGUAGAUCCUCAAGGCCUUUAAGUAGAUCCUGAUAUACCCCAGUAGAUCCUGAUAUACCCCAGUAGAUCCUGAUAUACCCCCAGUAGAUCCUGAUAUACCACAGUAGAUCCUGAUAUACCCCAGUAGAUCCUGAUAUACCCCCAGUAGAUCCUGAUAUACCCCCAGUAGAUCCUGAUAUACCCCCAGUAGAUCCUGAUAUACCCCAGUAGAUCCUGAUAUACCCCAGUAGAUCCAUAUAUACCCCAGUAGAUCCUGAUAUACCCCCAGUAGAUCCUUGUAGAUCACAGUAGAUCCUUGUAGAUCCCAGUAGAUCCUUAUAUACCCGAGUAUAUCCUUGUAGACGCGCCCGGCAGCCGGCGGCCGCUAAAGAUGAAGCUGACCUUCAGUUUCCUGACGGUGUCCGUGGCUUUGACCGGCGCCACCAGCUUCAUCUUCCUGGUCGUGGCGAUCGGCACCAACUUCUGGUACAUCAUCGACGCUUCCAAACUGGAAACCGCCUCCAACUCCAGCCAGCGCCUCAGCUCCCACUCCGGCCUGUGGAGAACGUGCAAAGUCGAGAAUAAAUGUUUUCCUUUAAUGAAUCCAUUCCGGGGAGGAAAUGCAAACUUCACUGCCUCGCAGAGACAACUUUUAAACAUGCACGGGACCUUUGUUGUUCUGCUUCCUCUCAGCCUCAUCCUGAUGGUAUUUGGAGGAAUGGUGGGCUGCAUCGGUAUUUUAGCGCAAGCCUACGCCCUGCUGUUGCUGACGGCAACUCUUUUUCUUUUCGGAGCCUUGGUGACUCUGACUGGAGUCAGUGUCUAUAUUGGAUACUCGGCGGCAGCGUUCAAGGAAGCCAUCAGUCUGUCGGGCAAGGACCUUCUGGAGGAUCUCAGUAUCAGCUUUGGCUGGUCCUUGGCUCUGGCCUGGGUCUCCUUCAUCGCGGAGAUGUUCACCAGUAUUGGCUUCCUGCUGGCUGCCAAGCUGACCGGCAUGAAGAAAAGGCAGGAGCAUUCUACACAACACUAAUGGGUUCUUGCAUGGCUGGAACUCGGUGAAACAGAGGCAUUGAGGUCAUAAAGUCAUAAGUGAUAGUAGAAUUAGGCCAUUCGGCGCAUCAAGAUAGCAGAGUCAGGGGAUAUGGGGAGAAGGCAGG